AUGGCUUCUACCUCAGCCUGGGGCCGAAUGCAUGCCACAUCACUUCUCCUACUCCUCCUACCAUUACAAUCAAUAGCGCAGACAUCGUCCACCCUGACCGUCUCAGAGAACGGCGACUGUGGCAGCGAUGUCAGCCAGACAUGCCUAGGCUCCCGCUUCGGCAACUGCUGCUCCUCCAGAGGCUUCUGCGGCUCCACCACCGACUACUGCGGCGCCGACUGCCAAAUUGACUUCGGGACCUGUUCAUCCCUCAACGCGACUCUGAUCAGCGCCGACGGAAACUGCGGCGCCAGCGACCCCGAGGGCCAAGUAUGCUUGGGAAGUACAUUUGGCAACUGCUGCAGCCCCCGGGGCUUCUGUGGUUCAACAUCAGACUAUUGCGGCACGGGCUGCCAGAGCGGGUACGGCAACUGCGGCUCCAACGACGGCGAGAGCACCACCAGCGUCGCCGACAGCGCAACGAGCUCCAGCGCGGCAUCAACGGCCGGUCAGGGUGCAGUAGAAGCAGCCACAGAGGCGCCCGCAGACACAUCACCUCCCCUUCAGCCAACUCAAGAAGGCAUCUCAACUGGCGCAAAGGCCGGCAUCGCCGUCGGCGCCGUCGGCGCAGCCGCCCUCGUCGCCGGCGCUCUUUUCUUCUUCCUCCGCCGCCGCCGUAGGCAAGCCGUUCCAGGCACCAAACUGCCAGCCGACGACGACGCCACGAUGAGUCCCAGUCCGCCCAAGUCCAUCGGCGGCGAAUCCAUAUCUACCACCACGGCAUUCUCGCCCACCAUCUCGUCGACGGCCAUGACGGAACAACACCCUCCCAUGCCGAUGACGCCAUACACGGCGAAGGACGGACCUUCCGCGCACGUCUCAGAACUGGCUGAAGCAGGCGACCGACGAGUCGAGCUAAAUGCUGGCGACAAAUCACCCGCCGUGGCGGAGUUGGGCUUCGAUGCCGCGGCGGAGCUGCCGAGUGAGCGAUACUCGAGGGAUCUGGGGAGAUAG